AAUUCGCAUUCAUGUAAUUCUGGUGUGUCAAAAAUGAAUGUGUGAAUAAUAUGUGGGAUUCUAAUAAAAUAAACCCCACUCCUAAAAGAGUGUCUUUUGGGGCAGCUAAUUUUAUUCCCCAGCAAAAUAUCAAUCAACCAUCAUCUUCCUAUGCCUUUGAUGAUAUUGGGCAAGAAAAUGUAUCUCUAUCAUCAAAUUAUUCUAAUACAAUUCCAACUCCUAAUAAAGGUCCUCCUCUAAUUAAUAACUAUUACACACCUCUUCCCAUACCAUUAAAUAAUUAUCAACCAAUGGCAGAUGUUGCUAUGACAUAUGGAACAGUUUUAGCAGAUCAAGGAAAACAUAUGAUGGAACAAAAGUUUGAGAGAUGGGUUUCCUUAUCCAGGCUUAAAUACUAUUUUGCUGUUGAUACAAAAUAUGUUGGUAAAAAACUCACAAUACUUAUGUGUCCCUAUUUGCACAAAGAUUGGGCACUCCAAUAUGAUCAAGAAAAUCAGCCUAUUGCCCCAAGGUUUGAUCUUAAUGCACCUGAUCUUUAUAUACCAUUGAUGGCAUUUGUCACUUUCAUACUGACUAGUGGUUGGAUUAUGGGAAUGCAAAAAAAAUUUACACCUGAACAAUUGGGAAUAAGAGCUAGCACAUGUCUUAUUUGGCAAAUCAUCGAAGUUCUGCUGACAACACUCUUGCUAUAUAUUAUGAAUAUUGGUUCGCUUUUAAGAAUUUUGGACAUUUUUGCGUUUAGUGCCUAUAAAUAUGUUGGGAUGAUCGUUUGUGUUAUAAUCGCCACUUUUUUCGGAAACAAGAGUUACUACAUAACGCUAGCUUAUUUCGGAAUCAGCAUAGGAUACUUUUUGAUCAAAACCUGGAGACUUAUCAUCUUGCCGAAUGCCUACAACACGACUUUUACGAAUCAGAAUCAAUAUCCCAAUCCGAACGAUCCCUACUACUAUGAUCCUCGUAUAAAAGCUAAUAAAAGACAGAAGGCUAUAUCGUAUCUACUGCUCAGUCUCUGUUUUUUGGUCCAACCAGUGAUGAUGUUCAUCUUGACCUAUCAUUUGAUACCCAAUUCUUCGGUCCUACCCAAUCGCACCCUUAAUAAUUUAGCGAACAAAUUUUUAUAAAUUAUUUUUUAUUAAGCAAUAUAUCUAGAGAUCUUUAAAAAAAUAGAGAGAAAAUUCAUUGUGUUAUAUAGAUGAUAAAAUUUUUUUGGGAACAAUAUUUAUAUUUUCAAAAAAAAAAUUACUGAAU